GUUUAAAGGUUUCUGGGGCUUGUCUUCGAGGAGCGCUUGUUCCGGUAGUUCUCCUGAUUCAUUUUCAACUAGUGCACUUGCUGUGUCACUCAUUUUUUAUUCUAUUAACGUAAAUAAAAAAAAUUAAUCAAGAAUAUUUUUUAAACCAGCUGAAAAUUGGGAUAACCUCGAAUUGUGGCAGGUGUCAUCUGUCACAAAAUUUUAACCUCACUUUUGCGGGUGUUUUUCAUUGAUUAUAAAUUAAUUUCUCGUUUUUUUAAUUAAAAUAGGUACGUAGAGUGUAAUUGGUUAUUAGCCUUGCCAACUAAUAGGCGGAAAUUUUUAAAACAUUGACUUUUUUGCAUUUUAUUUCAUAGUACCUAAUGUCUCGUUCUGGCGAUAUUUUGGGAAUAAUUCGCGGUUUACAGCUCGUGGUUGAGGCCGCCGCAAAAUUACACUCUUCCGAACUCAAACACAUCUGGACAAAUUCGAAUUAUCGCGUCUUAAUUCAAGACUGCAUCAACCAAAGUCGAACCAACUCAAAUAAUGUCACUAACAUCGUUUCCGAGACUGCAGACCGCGUUACCACAGUCUGCCAUGGCCUUAAAGAGUACGCCUCUAAUGCAUCUCCUAAAGAUGGUUAUUAUCAAAAUUUAAACGAUGCCAGUAAGGAAUUGAAACAGGCACAAAGGGCGGAAAGUGACAGGGCGCAAUUUCAAAUUAAAUUAACCAAAAGUGAUCAAGAAUUGUUGAAGAAGCUAGAUUUGGAACAUCAGGAGAAAUUGAGAAAAUUAGAAAUGGAACAGAGGGAAAAAUCGGAACAAGAGAAGGUGAAAAAGCAAGAUGAAGAGAAGCAAAAGGUGGAGAGCAAGAGCCAAAUGACAACAAGUCCUAACCCAAAGUCAAAAUUGAAGUUGAGUGAACACUCGAAACAACGGAAAGUACCGUCGUCAAGAAUAGGCCGAAUGCUGUCUUUUGGAGGUCUCGCGGCCGGGCUAGGGUUUGGGACAGCAACAGAAUACGCAAAAAGAACUUUUGGUUUCGGCCAAUCAGCAGACCCUUCAACUCUUUUCCUCAACCCAAACAACUUAGAUCGAAUUGUUGAUACGUUAUGUAAAGUCAGAGGAGCGGCUUUAAAGCUCGGUCAAUUGCUAAGCAUCCAAGACGACACUGUAAUCAAUCCCGAAUUGGCUAAAGCCUUAGAACGGGUCCGAAAAUCGGCCGAUUUCAUGCCAAACUGGCAAGUGGAACAAGUCAUGAGUGUCGAAUUGGGUCCAAAUUGGCGUUCUCAGUUUUCGGAAUUUGAUGAAAAACCUUUCGCUGCUGCGUCAAUCGGUCAAGUCCAUUGGGGGCGAAUUAGAGACGGACGCGAAGUCGCUAUCAAAAUACAAUAUCCGGGAGUUGCGAAAGGCAUUGAGAGUGAUAUUGAUAAUCUUGGCGGGAUUAUGAAAUUUUGGGAUGUUUUUCCCAAAGGAAUGUUCUUGGAGAAUUUAAUGCGAGUGGCGAAGAGAGAGUUAGCUUGGGAGGUUGAUUACAGGAGAGAAGCCGAGUGCACGAGAACUUUCCGACGAUUAUUAGCCCCUUACAGUGAUUACUAUGUACCUGAAGUUAUAGAUGAAUUAUCGACAAAUCAAGUGUUUACAACUGAACUCCUAGACGGGGUUCCAGUCGACCAAUUUGACAUGCCGCCCGAAGACCGGCGAUUCAUCGCCGAAAAAAUCAUAGAACUGUGUUUACUAGAGUUGCUCGAGUUCAGAUACAUGCAAACUGAUCCAAACUGGGCCAAUUUCUUAUACAACCCUAGAAAAAAACAAAUAAUGUUGCUCGAUUUUGGCGCCAGUCGUGAAUAUUCAAAACCUUUUAUGGAUCAGUACGUUAAAAUUCUCAAAGCGUCGUGUGACGCCGAUCGUGAAACGGUUUUGCAAGUCUCGAGAGAAUUGGGAUUUUUGACGGGUUAUGAGAGCAAGGUGAUGGAAGAUGCGCACGUAGACGCCGUGAUGAUAUUAGGCGAAGUGUUCCGAUGUGCCGACGCUUAUGAUUUCGCAGCUCAAGAUAUGACGGCUAGAAUACAAAACUUGGUUCCUACAAUGGUCACACAUCGGCUGUGUCCACCUCCAGAAGAAGUGUAUUCUUUACAUAGGAAGUUAUCAGGAGUAUUCCUUUUGUGUUCAAAACUAAAAACCUCAGUUUCUUGCAGGGAUAAAUUCCUAAGUUUGUAUAGCAAAUAUACUAAAUCAAUGUAGUUUUGUAGAGUUGGAAUCUAACACGUUUUGUAACAAAUUUUAAAUAAAGGUUAAUCAAACUGUU